AUGACAGACUCUGUAUGGGACCAACAUAAGGCCAUGCGCGCUUCGUCGCCUCAAAUCACGGGUCGACGAGAAUCUGAGCCCGGUUUCACGGACUCCUCUACGCCCAAAGCGCUGGACAUCGCUGUACCCGGUGGAUUCCGCCGUCACCACGUUCAAACAGCUCCCCGACCUGUUGUGUCCAAAGCGCUGCGUGACCAGAUCAUCGACCGCAUCAACAGCGUCUACGACCCGUUCAUUGGCAACAUCUUGAGUCAAGACAAUGACGAAUACGACGAGAUGAACGUCGAGGACCGUGUACGUAGUCUGCUAAUGACACCGCCGCCAAUGACUCUGCCAGCACAUCGUCUAAGGCCCCGAGAAUUGGGAACACCGACGGAGAAAACGGAGCUAAUCCAGACGCAGUCGACCCCACCGAAGUCGAAAGAUAGUGACAAAACAACAACGUUGUGGCAUGCCUUACUGACUUUGCUCAAGUCGUUUGUGGGGACGGGAAUCUUGUUUCUACCCGAUGGAUUCCGUAGUGGUGGCAUUCUCUUCUCGCCUCUAUGUUUGACCUUCGUGGCGGCGUUGACUCUAUACGCAAUGUUGCGCUUGUUGCAGUGCCGAGAGCUGGUCGGUGGCACGUACGGUCAUGUCGGGUUUAAGGCUUAUGGUUCAUGGGGCCGCAGGAUGGUGCAAGUGUCAAUCAUCAUGAUGCAAGCAGGCUUCUGCUGCACGUAUGUGAUUUUCGUGGCUCAAAACAUGGCUGAAGUGCUGGAUUUCUGGGGCUACCGUGUGGAUACGUCUCUGCUUAUCUUGUUGCAAAUUGCUGUGUACAUUCCGCUGUCUUGGAUCCGAUACAUCAGCUACUUUUCCAUCAGCAACCUCAUCGCUGAUGUGUUUAUCUUGUACGGUUUGGCCUUCAUCUUGGGCAACAGCUUUUGGCAAUUGGCAACUCAAGGACCUGCAAAGGACGUGGUGCUUUUCAACCAGAAUGAUUAUCCGGUUUUUAUUGGAACUUCAAUUUUUACAUUUGAGGGGAUUGGCUUGGUGUUGCCUACACAAAGUUCGUUGAAUCAGGCGCGUCAGAAACGUUUUCCACGUUUGCUUUCUUGGACAGUGGUCGGUUUGCUCUUCUUCUACUCGUUCUUUGCUGGCUUCAACUAUAUUACGUUUGGUAGUGGCAUUACACCUAUGGUCACGUCCAGUCUGCCACGUAAUGGCUGGUCCAGCUCGGUGCAGUUCGGAUACGCGUUUGCACAACUUUUGUCGUAUCCUUUGUUCCUGUUCCCUGCUGUGAAAAUCAUGGAGGAAAUGUUGGGUUUCCCCCGACGUGCGUCGGGUCAGAAGGUGGCAAAGAACUGUUUCCGAGCUGUGGCUGUGCUUGCUACCAUUUGCAUCGCGUACUUCGGUCAAGAUCGUCUCGAUCUCUUCGUGUCUAUCGUCGGUGCUUUUUGCUGUGUUCCGUUGAGUUUGGUGUAUCCACCGCUGUUCUACAUGAAGUUGAACCCCAACUCGUCGUGGAUGGACAAGAUUGUCGACUCGUUCGUGAUCGUCGUGGGCUUGCUCACGUUCUUCUACGUCACGUACUCGAACCUCCAGUCGUGGAGCAAGUAG